AUGCCUGCUAUCUCAGUCGUCAACGUCAAUAGUUCCAGAUUUAUUCUCACUGGAUUUCCUGGCCUAGAGGGUGACUACUUCUGGCUCUCCAUCCCUUUCUCCUGCAUCUACGCCGUGGUUUUCCUGGGGAACUGCCUGGUGCUGCAUGUGAUCCGGACGGAGCCCAGCCUGCACCAGCCCAUGUUCUACUUCCUGGCCAUGCUGGCCGUCACGGACCUGUGCGUGGGGCUGUCCACCGUGCACACGGUGCUGGGGGUCCUGUGGGGGCUCAGCCGGGAGGUCAGCCUGGAUGCCUGCAUCGCCCAGUCCUACUUCAUCCACGGCCUGUCCUUCGUGGAGUCCUCCGUCCUUCUCGCCAUGGCCUUUGACCGCUACGUUGCCAUUUGCAACCCACUACGCUACUCCUCCAUCCUAACUAAGGACAAAGUCAUGAAAAUUGGGGUGGCGAUCCUAUGCAGGAGUUCUUUACUCAUACCUCCAGUUAUCAUUCGCCUGAAGUUCUUAAACUACUGCCGUCCCCACGUCCUCUCUCACUCCUUCUGCCUGCACCAAGACUUAAUUCGAAUGGCCUGCUCGGACAUCCGCUUCAACAGCGCCUACGGCCUGGCCCUGGUGAUCAGCAACCUGCUGCUGGAUGCGGUGCUCAUCAUCCUCUCCUACCUCAUGAUCCUGCGGGCCGUCCUGGCUACCGCGUCACGAGAAGAGAGGAGCAGGUCCUUGCAGACCUGUGGGUCCCACCUCUGCGCCGUCCUGGCUUUCUACGUCCCCAUCAUUGGUCUGACGAUGGUGCAUCGCUUCGGGAGACACCGCUCCCCCCUGGUCCACGUCCUCAUGGGCAACGUCUACAUCCUUUUCCCGCCCUUGAUGAACCCCAUCAUCUACAGCAUCAAGACCCAGCAAAUACGGAGGAGAGUCCAGAGGCUGUUUUCCUUGAAAGGAAUGUGA